AUGAGUGUCCGAGUCGUCGCGCGUAUACGCCCCUUACUCAAAAAUGAGAUCGACAAGGACACCAUUGUCAGCGCAGAGACAAUCGACGGUGAAAAGACCGCGACGGUUGUGCGGCUACCGAGCCCGAAGAAUGAUGCCGAGUCCUUCAGCUUCCAGUUCAGCUCUGUCUACGAGCAAGACGCGACGCAACAGCAACUUUUCGAUGCAGAGAUCGCACCGACGGUCAAGCACCUUUUUACUGGAUUCGAUCUUUCCAUCUUCGCCCAUGGCUGCACAGGCACAGGCAAGACGCACACGAUGCGUGGAGGAAAGUCUUUGGCGGAUCGCGGUGUCAUCCCGCGCCUGUUGAGUGCGAUAUACAGGCGGUGUAAGAAGAUCGAGAAAGACUCUGCGGGUGCGACACAGGUCGAGGUGGCGCUGGAGUAUUUCGAAAUUUACUGCGAUCGCGUCUACGAUCUGUUCGAACCGCCGGAGAAGCGCACACCAUCCGGCCUGCCAAUACGAGACAACCACGGAAAGACGGUCGUUGUUGGCUUGACAGAAAAGCCAUGUUCAACACUGAAAGAGUUUGAACAGCUCUAUGACCAGGCUAACAUGAACCGCUCAACCUCAGCCACAAAGCUCAAUGCCCACUCAUCACGAUCGCAUGCCGUCCUUUGCGUCAAGAUCACCCAAACCACCGAGACCACCAUCCAGGUCAGCCGCGCAUCGUGUAUCGAUUUGGCGGGAUCAGAAGACAACCGUCGAACAGACAACAACAAGGAGCGCCUCGUCGAGAGCUCUGCCAUCAACAAGUCUCUCUUCGUCCUUGCCCAGUGCGUCGAGGCAAUGAACAAGAAGCAAAGCAGGAUACCGUAUCGCGAAUCUAAGAUGACGAGAAUAUUGUCACUGGGUCAGAACAAGGGUUUGACAGUCAUGAUUCUGAACCUCGCCCCCACACGAGCUUAUCACCUGGAUACGAUCAGCUCACUGAAUUUUGCCAGUCGAACGAAGAAGAUCGAGGUGGCCGAGGUUGAGAAUGAUCCGGUUCUACGAACAAUGGCAAAGCCUCUGGCAACAAGUAGCAUCGGCGGUGCCAACAUCACUCGACAGCCAUUGCGACCCAUUGCCGCGGCUCACAACGCGAACAUCCCAGAGCCAGAGAAGCAGAAGAAAGGGGAAAAGCCCAUCAAGGCCUUCUCUGUAUAUUCUGAUUCCCGCAAGCCUGCACCUCGCACGUCUAACCUCACAUCACAAAACCAAGGCAUUCGCCGAACGGAAGGACAGAAACGAGCUGCAGAGCCCAGCUCUACCUUUGGAUCACGACCAACCAAGGCCUUUAGAACCGCGGAUGCCACAGCGCGGUCACGAAAUGCCGAGCCUGCCAUGACAAAAGCGUCCAUCGAGGCACUGAUCGCUCAAAGGAUAGAGGAGAAGCUUGCAGAGAAGGCGCUUCAAGACGCAGGUGCAUCCGCCCCUGCACUAUCGGCGGAUCUGCAGAAGCGUCUGGAUGAGUUGGAGCACCGUAUCGAUGCUCAGGAAGAAGAUGGCAAAUCUCAAGGGCUACAGUUCCUUCUGAUGGCGAAGCAGCACCACAUCCGCGGAGAAGAUGCCAGCGCACUGAGAAUGUACAGACUGGCGCAACCCUUCUUCCCAGGCAACGCGAAGCUCGAGUCGAAGAUGAGGAGUCUAGAGGAUCGGAUACGAGCCAGCAAGGAUGACACAGCAGCCAAACACGUUUCCGCACCUGUCGCUAUGACACUACCACCCGCGGCCCCCUCGAAUCUCAUGGCACCCCUAAAGGCCAAAGAGAAGCCUUCGAAGCCAAGGAUGGUCUUGAGAGAUGAUGAGGAUGAGGAGGAUGACUUUGCGCCACCACCCGACUCCGACCACGAAGCCUCCUACGCCUCCGACGACAGUUUCCAGUACAAGCCCAAAGCCGCCCGCAAACCAAAGAAGACCAACAAGAAAUUGCCAAUCUUCCGAGACGACGCCGAUACUUCUUCGCACAACUCUAUGGAACACACGCCACGAACUACGCAUCUUUUGAAAAUCAUCAAUUCGCGCGACAUCAACCAGAUCAAGGCUCUCAAAGGUGUUGGUGCGAAGAAGGCAGACGGCAUUGUGAAUUGCUUGGUUGAAAUGGAGGAUGCUGAAGUCUUGGAUCUCGAGAGCCUAGCUAUGUUGAAGGGUGUGGGAGGGAAGACGGUCGAAAAUAUGAGAAUGGGCCUGACGAUGAGCGUUGGAUACGACUUCUAG